UCUCUCUCUCUCUCUCUCUCUGCCCCCGUCUCGCGCACCUCCACAUCAGCCGCCUCUGUCAGCUUCACACCGACAACCGGAGGACCGAAGACGGAGCACUGGGGAGCGCAGACGAUGGACGAACGAUGAGAGGACGGUUAUCCGGCAGACAGGAGCACCGCUGUCGCAGAGGAGAGGAGGAGGGAGGGAGGGAGGCAGACACAUCUGCGGUGACUUUGGGGAUUUCUCUCCGGCAGCGUGGGGAAGGAGAAGACGCCGAAAUUCACCGCGAAUGAGAGGAGUAAUUAAGAUGGACUACCAUGGUGGACCAGCGUCCUGUCCGUUUUGGCGACCUUUCUGUCCCAGGCUGCUUUGAGAUAGUUCGUGUUUAAUUUAGAAACAAAAAAAACGCCUGUAGUUAGAAAAACACAGUCGCUAGGGGGUUGUCUAUUUUUCUAUUUCUGUAUUUAUUUACAGGAGGCGUCCACUGGAGAGUGUUUGGCCACCCAGGGAGCCGGCUGGACGCGUUUUUUGGGGGGUAAAGCAGGACGGUUGCCCCCACCUCCUCCUCACCCCUUACAUAAAUGUUUGCGUGCCGCUAGUGCUCUCGCUCUCGGUCGACCCCCCCUUUGCCUCCGAAUAGUCUCUCACGCAGGCAGACGCAUCUCAUAUGCACACACACACACAUAGACACACACACACACAGACGCUUGGACACUAUUUUACGCGCACAUAUAUGCGCACAUAACCACACAGACGGACCUUACCCCCUCUCACCCGUCCAGCCCUGCGCCAUCCCUCCCACCCCUCUAUCUGAUGACUCCCCGGCGCACAGGUGGACGUGGUACGGAGCCGACUGUAGCAUCAUCACCAUCCUCGACACCUCCACUGCCAUCACCAUCCUCCUCCUCUUCCUCAACAUGUCCUCGUCGUCGCGCAAGAUCUCCUCCGAGUCGUUCAGCAGCUCGGUGGGCUCGGACUGCGGGCUCGAAAGCCCCGGGGGAGACGCAGGGGACAGCGGUUUGGAGCCGGCGGAGGAGAGCCGAGGCUGCCCCUUUUCCUCCUUCUCGUCCUCCCACAGAGCGGUGCUCUGGAACGGUCGCAGCCCCGCCGAGAGGUCGGCGUGCCCGGCGGGCGAGGAGCAGCAAGCGCCCGGUGGAUCCCACAAGAGGGUCACCAGGAGGAGACGGGUGAACCUCGACUCGCUGGGGGAGAGCCUGAGGAGGCUGACCUCACCCACGACACAGACUGUUCAGGAAGCUCUGCAACGAACUCUACAAUUCUACAGACAACAAGAGAUCAGGUGUCAGGACAUUGGGAAAGAGAGGAAAGAGAAGAAAGAGGAGAAAUGCCCCUUUCUAGAAAAUUCUGGUUCAGAAGAAGAUGUCCUACAAAUCCUACAGUACAUGGGCACCAUUCUGGGAGUACCAUUCUGUGAGCUGCGAGAGCAUUUUGGAGAGGAGUUCUUUGGCCUCUGCUUUGAAGAAAAUGAACGAGUACUUCGGGCUGUAGGCGGCAACCUCCAGGAUUUCUUCAAUGGUUUUGACGCCAUUUUGGAACACAUUCGCACCUCCACAGGGCGCCGUGCUUCAUCUGAGAGCCCCUCCUUCCAGUGCAAGGAUCCCCGCGAGGAAGAGAAAGGGAGAAGAAAAUUGAACAAAGUUGGAGAUCAAGGGGAAAGAAAUGGAAGAGGCAAGGUGUUGCUUCUUCAUUGUUUUAACCCUGCCCCUGUUGUCGGAUUGGUCAUGCCGGGGUUGAUCAGAGCUGUUGCCAAGCGGAUCUAUCAUUCAGAAGUUGAGGUGGAGGAGGUGCCACCUCUAACUCCCUUGUUGCCCAAUGAAGAUACAGAACACACAGAUUGUGACUCCACUACCCCCACUCCGACUGCAUCCCCCACCGCCUCGCCCUCUUCGUCCCCAUCGCCUCCGUCACCUUUUCCAACCUCUGUUCCCACAGUUUGCCUCUCCUUCCAAAUCCAGGAAACAUGCCCUCCUUCCCUUUCUUCCCUCUCAAAUGCCGGCUCUGUGAGCACUAAACAGCCUCCUCCCUCACUCUCCACCAACCCCAGUGAUCUUCGCAUUGGCCUGGCCACGUUUUGCCGUGCCUUUCCAUUUCACCUCGUCCUGGGGCCUCGCAUGGAGCUACUGCAGCUUGGGGAAGGACUGAGGAGACAGACGCGUAUUGAGCCUCUCCGGAGUCUCUCAUUCAGGGACUGUUUUGAGAUUGUCUCACCCAAGAUGGAUCCCUCAUUCCAAGGAAUCCUGCUGAGGCUUGCAUCCCCAUUUACGAUCCGCACCAGGCCUGACACCACACAGACUGGCACAAAGGAGAAGGUGAUGGAGUUAAAGGGUCAGAUGAUCCAUGUGCCCGAAUCCUGCUCCCUGAUGUUUCUGGGCUCUCCACGUGUUGAUAAACUGGAGGAGCUGAUGGGCAGGGGUCUCCAUCUGUCAGAUAUCCCCAUCCAUGAUGCCACGCGGGACGUUAUCCUGGUGGGGGAGCAAGCCAAGGCCCAGGAUGGCCUGAAGAAAAGAAUGGACAAACUCAAGGCCACAUUAGAGCGGACUCAUCAGGCACUGGAGGAGGAAAAGAGGAGAACGGUGGAUCUCCUUUAUUCCAUAUUUCCGGGGGAUGUGGCUCAGAAACUGUGGCAGGGUCAGCCAGUGCCAGCUCGCAAAUUUGAUGAUGUCACCAUGCUGUUCUCGGACAUCGUGGGUUUUACCGCUGUGUGCGCCCAGUGCACACCCAUGCAGGUCAUCUCCAUGCUGAAUGAACUCUACACUCGCUUCGAUUACCAGUGUGGCAUUUUGGAUGUUUAUAAGAUUGAGACAAUAGGUGAUGCCUACUGCGUGGCAGGAGGGCUUCAUAAGAAAGUCGAUAGUCAUGCAAAACCAAUCGCACACAUGGCUCUGAAGAUGAUGGAACUUUCUGAGGAAGUACUGACACCUGAUGGGAAACCUAUCAAGCUAAGGAUAGGUAUCCACACAGGUUCAGUGCUGGCAGGUGUGGUUGGCGUGAAAAUGCCACGUUAUUGCCUGUUUGGGAACAACGUAACACUGGCCAGCAAGUUUGAAUCGGGAAGCCAUCCGAGGUGUAUCAAUGUUAGUCCCACAACUUAUCAAUUGUUGAAAGACGACCGCUCUUUUUCAUUUGUUCCUCGUUCACGGCUGGAGCUCCCAGAAAAUUUUCCCAAAGAGAUCCCAGGGACGUGUUACUUCCUGGAGGCGGGGACUUCCCACAGCCAUGCCUCACUGACCAGCUCCCGCUCCGCUCCUCCGGCCUCUAUGAGGAAAGUCUCCUACAGCAUUGGGACCAUGUUUCUAAGAGAAACAAGUUUGUAGAUUCAACACGCAGACUAGGUUACACAGAUAUUCAUGAUGCGAGUGGCUGGAUUUGAACCCAUGGAACAUGCAGGAAACCAAUUACACAGAUCUUUGGAUAAUGUAAAAACUUGGAUUCCAACCUGUGGGAUGACCUAUUUGAAUGAAACUCAGAAAACGCUUUCAUCAUAGGUGAAAAAGAACAACAUGCCCUCAUCUCCCCUGAGAGAGGAAGAUAUGGUUCAAAAGACUUAUGGAGCAGCAGAUGCGCUCCUCUCACAAGGACACAUCCCCAAGGAAGUGUACUGAUGGAAUCAAUUAGUAGAGAAACCUUAAUACAAAACUUAAUGAUCGAGCUGGAUUCCUCAGCUCCAGACCUGGUAUCUUGAUCUCUCCAGUGGUCCUCGCUCCCAUACGGUACCCUGACCUGGGUCUACACAAUAACGUUUGGAGAAAACCUGGAGAGGGGCCAUACACAAGACCAGUGUUGCACUCAUUAGCAAUGGAAUUGCGCAAACAGAACAAAUCCAGUUUCCAUUAACAAUGUGGGUGCCGAGGAAUGAAGCUGUGUGAAUUUGUGGAAGAUGGCACCAAUGUUUGCUGUGCAUCAUGGCCUCUUGUUCAAGGAAGACCACUAAUGAAGAACAAUACAGCUCCCCUUCCUCCCAAUGCAACUGUCCCCGUAUCAUGUCAUGCUUUACCAAACAUAUUUCUAACAUCUGCUGCUUGUUACGUUUAAACCAUCCACCUAGGACCAGUUGGUUGGGAGCAGGAGAGACAAAACAGAGGCCCAAACAAGGAGAUUUGAAUUAAAAAGGGUUCAUCAAAGGACAAAUGGCAAAAACGCUCAUACUAAGCUGAUCUUAGAGCUUUGUCUGCUUCUAACCCACAGCAAACUAUAACUGACAACAAUCCAGCCAUUUCAUUGCAGGUACUAUGUGUAGGACUGAAAAUUAUUCCCAGCUCAGUGCCUUUUUACUGCUCAAAUAAGGACAAAUAUAGGAUGGAUUGAAUUCAAAUAUUUGAAAAGAAGAAAAAAAAACAAUAGAGAGCGCUUUAUUUAUCUAAUGUUUCCACUUGUUUUAAGACAUUUCUGUGCCAUUAGUGAAAGAAAUGAUGCGUGCCAAAGGUUAAAAGCCACAUUUGAAUCUGUGAUGUUGCAAGUCACCUGGACUAGCGACUUGUUGUGUGUUUUGUUUUGAGACAGUCACAAGUGGCUGGUAAGAUAAAUCAAGCGCUCCUCAACAAGUUCAAAUAUUUGAAUUUCUAUUCACCUGCCUUUUUGUCCAGAUCCAAUAAUACACAUAAUAUAGUGCUAAUAAUAUAGUACUAUGUUAACUUGUACACAUAGUCACAGUAUGCACACUUGACACGGCUCACAUUUACACACGUAAUCUUUUUUAAUUGCAUUGUUUUUUCUAUGAUACUUAUAUAAAAGUAUACACUAGCCCCGUCACAUUUACCCAACAUGACUCAGAUUCAUCUCGACUAGUUUGGUUGUAAAUUAAGUGUGAUAUGCUCAGUGGAAAUCUCAGGCCUUCCAAAAACUUCAACGUAGCUCAGUCACCCAGUCAUGGCAAAGUAAAUGUCAAGAGAUUUUGUCUUCAUAAACUGUAAUCAUAAAGUGGGACAUGAAGGGUUGAAGUCGGAUAGUCUGAUUGGGUGCCUUUCCAUAUUAAUUUACAAUAAUUUAAGUUAGAUUACAUUGCUGCCAUUGUUCUUCAUCAGUGAAGUACAAAUCAAAUAUCAAGUACGUCAAACUUGGAAUAGCUGUAUUGUAGGAGGCAGUACAAUCUGUGAAAUUUUACAUUUUCAUGUCAGUAGAAAUGUUUUUAUUAGUAUAAGAAUUACACAGAAUUAUUACCAUCACAUGCUAAAUUUAGCUCAUUACUGAUGGCCAAAAUGUUUUUAAAAUUAAAUUCGAAUGAGUGGUACUACCUGUGUGUGCUUACCUUCUUGGUGUAAAAAAAGUGUUUUCUAUCUGUGGUACGACAACAUCACAAUAUGGCUUAAGUUACUGACAAAAUAACUAACUGAACUGUUAAUAACUAACCUUCAAAAGGGCAAAAUACAUUUUGGUGAUGGUUUUAGUUCACAUUUAUAUUACAAAACUCCACCAAGAAUUAACGAGGGACUGCGUGUUGCAAUUUCACUACAUCUUGCCAAAUGAUUUACUGGUUGCAGGACCCCUAAAAGAUCAAAUAAAAUGUGCAAAUUUAGUUCUGAGACAACUCCAGCGCAGGCUAAUCUGUGUGAGGGUUUGGUUCCUGCUGUUUGUUGUGUACAUGGAGUUGUUAAAGUGCAGGAUGAGUACAUUUUGACAGCCCACCAGCCCUGGCAGGAAGUCUGCAGGAACAUGUGCUGGGUUUGCCAUGUGAACACAGAUUGCUGGCAAAUCAUCAGAGUAAUAAUUUACGUCAGACAAAAAUAUCGAAUGCUGAUCUUGCCAAAAGUUUCACCCACAAAUGGGAAUGCCCUCUAACCGAGACUAACACCAGCAUAACAAUGUAAUAUUCCUUAGUGGAGGACAGGACGGGAGGAAGGAGAAUAGCUGGGUCAAGAUUUCCUUUUGACCUCACAGUUUUUGAAGUGGAGAUGGGUUGCCAAGAGCUACCAAACUGGUCAUAGGUAAUUAUUGCCAUAAAUAAUUCUGUCAUCAGACGGCAGUAGCAUUAGAAAGCCUGAAAAGCUUGCACAUUUACAGCAUGUUCUGUAAAGGUUCUGGUCAAUUUUGGCAAUGAAAAUAGACAAUUUUGCUAACAGAGAAAAUGCAAGUAUAUUUUUGAGAAUAUUUUUUCCAUGCACCCCAUAGUCUUAUUCACAUUUACUGUAAAACGAAAAUAACUAUAACCUAUUUUCAAAAUUUGUUUUCUGUUGCUUAAGGUAUACUAUGCAGUAUAGAACUAACAAUGGACUAGACAAUAAACACAUAGAGGGAAACCCCAAUCAGUCAAACACAUGGCAGCAUAGUUUUUAGCCUAAAAAAUAUUAGGAAUUCUAACACAAAGAAAAUAUGUAUUAACCUGAAAGUAGGUGCCAUUGUUUAAUGAACCAACCUUGUAAUCUUAAGCUUAGAGAGUUUAUCUACAGUAUAAAUUCAUUUAAAGACAACUGGCAACUCAAUAUUAAUUUUAUGAGGGGGUCUGCUACACGUUUUAGAAGACAGCAUAAUGUUGAUCAUUGUGGCAACAAAGCCAGAACUGCUCCUGAGACCUAAACGUCUACAGAAUCCAUGUUCUUUUUGUGAUAUUCCAGAGAACCAGAAUCUGCAGCAAACACCUGGGACAGCAGUAAAAUAUACACCCUGCAUAAUUACACAUCGGUUUUACAAAAUAUUAGCACUUUGGCAUUUCUCUUUAUAUAAAUAUUGUUAAAUUUGUCCAAGAGAAGUAACUCUUGGUUCAUUACUAAAGGUCAGAUACACUACAGAUUGGUUCACCAGGUUUUCCAAGAUGCCAACAGCGGCUCUCCAUUUCUUUAAGGCCAUAUAAAGUACUAGGUAGCUUUCUUCUUUCUGAUGAUGAAGUAUAAUGUUUUAGAAAACAUCACUUCAAGCUUCUUAAGGUCUCUUGUAGUGACUUUAAAUGUUUUUAGAUACAAAUUCGGCUCAAUUAUUCAAAAAAAAAAAAAAAAACCAAACAAGUACAUUCAUAUUUAUUCAGUUUUGGCAGACAGAAAGUAAAAUAUGUGAACUGCGAAAGUUCAAAACCAUCUCAGUUUGACUAUAAUAUUACAUAAACAAAUGAAAUCAAUUUUAAAGAUCACAGAAGGGGCAAAAAAAUCUCCAUAUUGCUAAAUUGUAACCACCAGUAAAAAAAAAAAUUACUGAGGGACAUCACAGGACAGGUGAACCACUCUUGUGUGUAUUUGGGUUUUGCAGAGCCGCCUUUCCAAAACUGAUGCUCUGACUGUCGUCUUUGCGCUAACGCAUACAUACAUUAAUGUGUACUUGAUCAAUCUAUUGUACCAUAAAUCUAGUGCAGGCUCUCAUCUAAACUCCACUUCAGCCGUGCCUAAAUUCUGCUUCCAGGCUAAAUAAAGGACAUUACACCAGCGUUACUCCCACACAACUUGUGUCCACAGCUCAUGUCUCCAAGUCUGUAAAUUCUUGGCAUAAUAUUACAUGUUUGGCCAGAUCUUACAAGUCUUGCUGUUGUGAGAUGCAGAGGUGUUGCAGGUACUGGUUCUCUACAGUGCAGUUGUCAGUCAUGGAUUAUCAGACUGCAGUGCAGACUGUAGCUGACUUACUCACACACAGAAAUAUGUCACAGUUACAGUGGCAAUGCAGCUAAACUAUACUGUAUAAGUUGUGUCAAAUAAUGAACAAAUGUUCUCAUGAGCCAAAUACAUCCAUGACUCCACCAGCUGUUGUCUGCGUGUGUCAGACAAUGAGAUUAUACUGGGUUUGGCAACGUGCAAAUAUAAUUUGUUAAUAAAGGUCGACUGUACCUGUAAUAAAUCUGUACAAUUUAGAUCUAUUUAAUAUAUUCCAACUGACAAAUAGAAAUUGUAAUAAAAUUAUAUAUCGGAUUUUUUCACUGUAAUUCCCAAAAUGAUUUGACAUUUUCUCUGCUUUGUUGUCCUUUUUCUAUUUCAGCCAGAUACUUUGUCAGUCUGUGUGCCAUCUAAAGGCAUACCAAUGUCCCACAAAACCUUCACACCCUAAAGUCAUAUCUUUUUUGUUGAAGAGUUGCAAAAAAAAUGUAGGCACUAUUGUAAUUUUUUCAAUUCACGUCUUAUUUUGAAGGAUUUUCUUUGAUUGUGACACAUUUUCUCCAACUGAUUCAGCAUGACACUGUCAUUUUCUUUAAAUCGAAAAAAUAAAAUUGCUUACCAUGUUUUUUGCAGAACAUUGUUAUAAACUGUCUUGUUGCCAAGAUCAACUUCAUCCCCGCUGAUUUACAGUAUGGGCUGAUAGAAAUCUGCUCCCUGUUUGUUCAACAUGAGCCUGGCUUUAACAGCAGAAACAAACAUGGCUGAUGCUUGUCAUACAUGUCCAGGGUCCACGAGAAAAUUCAGCUCUCCGAAAAGAUGCUCAUUACUCCACUCAGAAUAGUAGCUUCCAUAGCGUUUGUUCACCAGCUUAUUUUAAAACUUAGGAAUUAUUUGUGACAUUUAAAAAUCCGUCAAUCUACUGGGAUCUCUCUCAGGCCUCACUCUGGGAACCAGUGACUGAUCAUCACGUUCCUGUGUAAAAAAAAAAUCUGGUCCGUGUUUGGUACUUUGGUGUCAUGUUGUAAACAUACCUGGACAUGAACCCUGUUUGAGCCUGCUGUUGGAAUCAGGUGUGUACUGUUUAUGGAAGGGGCUUGAUGACAGCUGUUGGUUUCUGACUGACAUUAAGGGCACAUCUUCUGUCUUAUAUGAUGUAAAUAAAAACACCAAGUAUCUUUAAUAAGGAAGAAA